AUGGACGACCACGUCAGCGCCAGCGCCAGCGCAUCCCCCGACCCGGACUCGACGGCGCGUCGCAGCAGGUCCGGACGCGUCGUCAAGGCCCCAACCAAGUUCGCGCCCGAGGCCACGGCCCCCUCAGCGUCCAAGCGCAAGCGAGACGACCACGAUGGCGAUGAUGCCGACGACGCGGAUCCCCUUUCCGACGACGACAUGAGCGACGAGCCCGAUGCUGCCAGCGACGAUGACCAUCCAGCCCCGAGAUCGUCGCGCAAGCCGUCGCAAGGCGCACGCCCCAAGAAGCCCUCGUCCAAGAAGCCCAAGAUCAACGGCACCCAGCCUGUCGCGUCGGGCCAUGUAGCUCGCAUCCCUAGCAGGCCCAAGAAGACCGUGCGCAUCGACGCUGGAGAAAAGGGAACAGGCGUCUUUGCCGACAUCUUCGGUUCCGGCGACACCCCCGAAGCCGUCUCUCAGCAGUGGUUGGAGCGGUACAGGCAGGACGACGCGGCCGCUAUGAGCGACCUGGUCAACUGCAUCUUGCAAUGCGCCGGCUGCGACCUCGAAGUGACCACGGAUGACAUUCGCGACCCGGAAAAUAUCCCCAACAGACUGGUCGAUCUCCAAAACGUCUAUCAAGAGCAACAAAUCACAGAAUACCCCCUAAUCUCAAGGGCCAAGAACACCAGGUCGUUCCGAGAAAUGCUCAUCGCAUUCUUCCACUCCUUAAUCUCUCUUCUCCAUGAAACCGACGUCCUCUACAAAGACCCAGACUUGAUGGACAAUCUCCACGCAUGGCUCGCGAGCAUGUCGUCAUCGACGCUGCGACCCUUUCGCCACACAGCAACGACGGUGGCUCUCUCGGUGCAGGCAGGGCUGAUUGAUAUCGCGGGCGUGCUGGAUCGAAGAAUAGCCACCAUAGAGCAGCAAUCCCUGGCCGCCAAAAAGGGCAAGAACAAGUCCAAGGCGGCAGAAAUCCAGCGCGGCCUGACCGAAGCCAACGGCUAUCGCAAGACGUGCAGCGAGGCUAUCCAGUCCUUCUUCGACACCGUCUUUGUCCACCGAUACCGCGACGUGGAUCCCAAGAUUCGCACCGAGUGCGUCGAAGCCUUGGGGUCUUGGAUUUGGAAUCUGCCCACCGUCUUCAUGGAGCCGGGCUAUCUGCGAUAUCUCGGCUGGAUGCUCUCAGACACAAACGCGCCGACGCGCCAGGAGGUCUUGAAACAGCUCCACAGGGUCUUUAAACGCGACGCACAGCAGCUCGGUCACUUCAUCGACAGGUUCCGGCCCAGGCUAAUUGAGAUGGCCACGCUGGACUCAGAGGUGCCAGUCAGGGUUGCCGCCAUCAACGUCAUCGACACCCUGCGCGCCGCAGCGCUGCUCGAGCCCAACGAGAUUGACGCCAUCGGCAAGCUCAUUUUCGACACUGAGCUGAGGAUCCGCAAGGCUGUGGUCAACUUCUUCGUGGCCUGUAUCGAAGACGUCCACGAAGGCAAGCUGGAGGAAAUGGGCGGGGCCGAUGCCCUGGACGAGAUUGACGACGCCGACGAGGACGACUUUGAGUCGCCGCGCAAGGAAUGGGUCAACAUCAAGUGUCUCUCGGAAACACUGGCCAUCUACGAUGCACAGAUUGAAGAGUCGCAACACGAUGGGGCAGUCGUCGAUCUGGAUGCGGCCGCCGACUUGCUCGAGGCCGCCGUCCCGGACACGCGAAUCUCCCUUGCCGCGCACGUGCUGUACGAGAAGCUUCCAGAGGUCAAGACGUGGGAGCUGCUCGCAGGCUAUCUGCUCUUCGACCAUACGACCAGCACCAAGUCUAGGCCCAAGUCUAAUGCUGCAGCGAACUCGACCGAGGCGGCUUUUAAGAGGGCCGUCGCGCCCACUUCUGCUGAGGAGUCGAUACUGCUCGACGUGUUGUGCUCGGCAAUCAAGUCGAGCCUGGCACAGACGAGCGAGCACGACAGGAACAAGCGGAGGGGCCACCGCUCCGAAGCAGCCGAGGCGCAAGAAGAAACGGCACUUGAGCUGACCACGGUCAUUCCGAAACUUCUCAACAAGUUUGGUGCGGAGCCCGAGACGGCAGCCAUUGUGCUGCGGCUGGAACAUUGCCUCAACCUCGACGUCUUCCAGCAGCUGCGACAGGACGCGUCCAAGUAUGAGAAGCUCCUCGACGAGAUCAGCACGCAGUUCAACAGGCACGACGACAAACGAGUCUUGUCCGAGGCCACGUCGGCUCUCCUGCACGCCCGCCAGUACGAGGAGCUCGAGGAACUGACCGACAGCAAGCUAUCCCUGCUGUGGGAGAACGUCAUUAACGCGCUGCGCAACUUUGACAAGACGUGCGAGCUCUCAAUCCGCGACAAUCUCGCAGCCGCCCCGCUCCGUGAACUGUCGACGACGUUGCUGAAGAUUGGCAAGCUGGCCAGCGUAUCCGACUGCGUCGACGCUCUGGAGGCCACGCCGAGGUCCAACGAUUCCAAUGCGCCUGCCAUUGAGAUCCUCAGCAAUAUUGUGCACCGCGGCAAGUUUGAGCCGCAAGAGGACGAGAUUGACGAUCUCGAAGACGAGGUGGUUUCGUUCGCCAUCAAAGCCUGCCAGUUUUACUUCAUGUGGAAAACGCGGGCAUUGUCUCAGCUGCUUCUCGGCGGCGCCAGCAUCUCCGACGCCGAGCUCGACAGGCUCUCGGUCCUGCGCCAGACGUACCGCAGACACCUGAUUGAGACGUUUUCGUCGCGGGCCGCCAUCGACCAGCUCCGCCUCUACUCCACCGGCAGCCUGUGCGACCUGCACCUGACGUUUGCCACGCUCCGCCGCCUGCUCAAGGGCUUGGGCAGCUCGUCGAGCCCCGGGGCCCAGCAACCGCGGGCUGACAAGCUCCGGGUCCUGAUGCAGGAGAUUGAGCCGGGGCUGGUACCGGAACUCAUGUCCAUCUUUGACGGCGCGGAGAAGCAGUACGCCAGAAAGGCCAAGAAGGACAAGACGCUCAACGAACCGGCCGAGGACGAGGACCCUCUGGCCGACGAUGAGGAGCUCGACGACGACGACGACGACGAGGGCUUGUCCAAGGAAGAGCGCUACACCGCCGAGCUCAGGGCAGAAAAGGCGCUUUGCGAGCUGACGGCCAAGUACGUGCUGGCCAUCACGGCCGACCUUUUUGACAACCGCGGCUCCCAGGCCGGCAAGCUCCGCCGGCGCAUCCUCCGUAACAAAGCCAAGCUCGGCAACAACUUCAAAGAGGUCGUCGCAUACCUCGAGGGCGACAAUCUCAUGGCCGGCAAGCGGCCCAAGAAGCCCGCCGCCGCCGCCGCCGCUGCCAAAAGCAACAAUCACCCCUCGGCCGGGUCGCGCAAGGCUGCCCUCAGCGAGGAAACUGUCCACGACGACGAUGACCACGACGACGAGGAAGAGGAAGAGGAGCACGACGAAGACAGCGUGCUUGAGGAUGUCGAGCCUGAGGAGGGUUCUAGGGAGGACUUGAGGCGCAGAGAGCUGCUCGAUGAUGACCCCAUCGAGGACGGCGAGGAUGAGCCUGAGCCGCUGGCCGAUGAUAUUGACGAUGAUGUCCUCGGCGAUUGA